AUGGCCGCUGCUCGUCCGACUGUCUCCGUUCGCGGCCUCGACGGCGCCGCCUCGGGCUCGCUCUCGCUGCCCGCCGUCUUCACGGCGCCCAUCCGCACGGAUGUGAUCGCCGCCAUCCACAAGAACAUGGCCAAGAACAAGCGCCAGCCGUACGCCGUCGCCACCAACGCCGGCCACCAGACCAGCGCCGAGUCGUGGGGCACGGGUCGCGCCGUGGCCCGUAUCCCGCGUGUUGGCGGUGGAGGUACCCACCGCUCCGGCCAGGCCGCCUUCGGCAACAUGGCCCGUGGUGGUCACAUGUUCGCGCCCACGAAGCUGUGGCGCCGCUGGUUCGUCAAGUCGAACCAGAAGCAGAAGCGCUACGCCACGGCGUCGGCCCUCGCCGCCACGGCGCUGCCCUCGCUGCUGCUCGCGCGCGGCCACCGCGUCGAGGAGAUCGAGGAGGUGCCGCUCGUCGUCGCCAACGAGGCCGAGUCGCUGACGAAGACCAAGGAGGCCGUCGCGCUCCUCAAGGCCGUCAAGGCCUACCCCGACGUCGUCAAGGUCGCCAACUCGCGCAAGAUCCGCGCCGGUGUCGGCAAGAUCCGCAACCGCCGCCACACGCAGCGCCGCGGCCCGCUCGUCGUGUACAACGAGGACAAGGGCAUCGUCAAGGCCUUCCGCAACAUCCCGGGCGUUGAGCUCGUGUCGGUGCACCGCCUGAACCUGCUGCAGCUCGCUCCCGGUGGCUCGAUCGGCCGCCUCUGCAUCUGGACCGAGGCUGCCUUCAGCCAGCUGGACAAGGUCUUCUCCGAGGAGGGCAAGAAGGGCUUCACGCUGCCGAUCGCCAAGAUCAGCAACACGGACGUGACGCGCCUGAUCAACUCGGACGAGAUCCAGAGCAUCGUGCGCCCCGUCGCCGGCGGCUCGCGCACCAAGCGCCCGCACACGCAGAAGAAGAACCCGCUGAAGAACCGUGCCCUCAUGGCGCGCCUCAACCCGUACGCCGCCGCGGCCGUGCGUGCCGAGAACCGCAACACGGCGCAGCGCAAGGCUGGCAAGCUCGGCAAGGCCGACAAGAAGCAGCCGCGCACGCCCGCCUCGGCCGAGUUCCUCGCCCAGCUGCACGCUCCCUAA